AUGUCUACCGGCUGCGGUACCACCGCUGAGGAAGACUUUGCUUCCCAAGGCAAGACAGGGCUUGACAGCAAAACGACAGGUGCCGGAGCCGUCGGGCAAAAUGGGUUGUCGCCAAAUAUAUUCGGCCCCAAAUCCGGGGGCUUCGUGCCGGAAGCUAUUCGAGCACUGACUCCGAGCCCGAUCCUCAGUGGCCGGUUGUCACCGCUCCCGCCCAACGACAUGUACGGCAGCUACGACGGCCAGCACGGCUUCACACAACCACCAUCAUUGGCUCGACAAUUUUGGCAAAAUAACCUACCCUCCAUAUGUGUUGCGCUGGCCCAAUUAUUCGGCUCUCUCAUGAACCUCACUGCCAGGAUCAUGGAGUUGGAAGGAGACGGCAUGCAUCCGGUGCAGCUUUUGUUUUAUAGACAAGGCCUCAGCGCCGUCGGUUGCUCGAUAUACAUGUGGAAGGCUAACUUUCCCGAUUUUCCCAUCCCGCACAAGGGCAUCCGCCUGCUCCUCUUCGUCCGCUCAUUUGUUGGCUUCUUCGGCAUAUUCGGCAUGUGGUACUCGAUGAUGUAUCUACCCCUCGCCGACGCAACCGUCAUCACCUUCCUGGCGCCGGGCGUCGCCGGCAUCAUCUGCUACUUCGCGCUCCGCGAGCCGUUCACGAGGAUGGAGCAGCUCGCUACGCUGGUUGCCUUCUUCGGUGUCGUCCUCAUCGCGCAACCCGCGACCUUGUUCGCCAACUCGGACACGACGUCCAGCGAAGAGACGCCCGAGGCCGGCGCUCUUCCCGGCAUGGACCACGAAGCAACCGCGAGCGAGCGCCUCAUCGCCGUCGCCGUCGCGCUCCUCGGUGUGUUUGGCGCGGCGGGCGCCUUCACGACCCUCCGGGCUCUCGGCAAGCAGACGCAUCCGCUCAUCUCCGUCAACGCCUUUGCGGUCAUCAGCAGUCUCAUGUGCGCCAUCAUCCUGUGCGCAGCGCCCGCGUUGAAUGUUUCACAGCCUACGCUGCAGUGGAAGUUCUCCUACACACUUAAGCAGGUCUUUCUCAUCAUCUUGAUCAGCAUAUUCGGCCUCAUCAUGCAGUUCCUGCUCACCGCCGGCCUUAGCAAGGACAAGUCAAACAAGGCCAAUUCCAUGAUAUACACUCACAUGUUGUUUGCGGCGAGCUUCGACUGGUGGGUCUUUGGCCACAGGAUGGGACUUGUCAGCUUCUUGGGAUGUGCCUUGAUUCUGGGGAGUGCUAUCGGGGUCAUGUUCUUAAAAAAGGCGCCCAAGGCUACUACAAAGGUGGAAGAUUCUGAGGCGCAACAGAACCUACUGGAUGAGACAGGUUCGCCUAUGUUGAUGGAUGGUGGUGGAGCCGGUGCAAAUACCGAACUCAAUAUAUACCGGUCACGGUAG